AUGGAGCGUGUAGAGGGAAACUCACCCAACCUCAAGACCAAUUUCUGUUUGAACGCCCAUUCGGGAUCAUUUAGUGCAUGUACAUCUAGAUUCAAGAAAGCCGGCAGCAAUCAGGUUGAUGCCGAUAACCUCGAACCUGAUGCCGAAGACGACGACAUAGCGAUGAUCCCGGCAAUGGUUGCCCUAGCCCAAAUUAUGCCUGAGGCAUCUCAUCAACUAUACCACUCCAUGCGACAGUCAAUGGCCGUGCUUGUUCGCAAAGUAGCUGCCAGUGAAGGUUUUCUCGAUCUCCAUCUGCGCACUCUCUGUAAGGCGAAGGAAUAA